AUGUACCUUGUGGGAAAACUCCCUUCCUCCAAAGACAAACAACAUUCCAUUCCAUUUGAUUCGACCGCAAGGGCUCUCUGUCCCGAUGGGCUGGAUCCUGAAAGCCAUGCCGGCCCUCCACCACACCCGGCGAGUACUUGCCGUGGAAUGGACCAGUCGCGCUGUCAAGGUCACGGCAUCCCCAAUUCCAAUGGGUUGCAAAAGAAACAAAGCUUCGUCCCUGGAAUAAUGGGCUCUCCAUUGAAAAAGAACGAUGCCGUGUACUGUGCCAAAUUUUUCAGUUCCUCCAUGACUAAUCCACCAAAAAGUUUGCCAUAUUCGGGAAAGACCACGGUAGAAAGUUCCGUCCGCCACUCGAGAAAGAUUGCAACUGACCGAGGCCCGGAAUUCCUCUAA